GCCGGGCCUGGGCCCCUGCUUCGCCCGCAAACUGUGCUGGAGGAGCCGCGCUGAUGGAUCCGAUUCAGGGUGUUGGCAUAGAGCAGAGGAUGAGGAGACACCUUCUGAGCAGAAAGUUUCUGUAGAAGUACCACAAAUAAAUACUUCAAAGACAGACCUGUCCACCCUGAAGUCCUAUCCCUGGCAGAGGUUCUGUCUGCACUUAGAAGGUGGUUUACAUCUAGCUGAGGACCUUGGCACAAACCCUGGUCAGAAACUGUGUGGGUCAGGUGUGAACUUUCACCAGCACAGUGGAGAGGAACUCUUUAGAAGAGAUGUGGGUAAGACCUUUAUGAAGAGCCACACAGUCCGUGCAUACAAGAAGUCUUUCACAUGCCAGGAGCCUGGGAAGGAUUUCCCUGUUACCUCUGGCCUUCUCCAGCACCAGGUCACUCCACAAAGGGACACCAAGUGUGUGGAGGCCUCUCACAAUGGACAAAGGCAGUAUAAAUGCCACGAAUGUGGGAAAGGCUUCUGCCAGAAGUCCAGGCUUGCUCAGCACCAGAGAGUACACACUGGAGAGAGACCUUAUGAAUGUCAUGAAUGUGGGAAAGCCUUUGGCUGUAAAUACAUACUUGUUCAGCACUGGAGUGUCCACACUAGAGAAAAGCCUUAUGGGUGCAGCGAAUGUGGGAAAGCUUUUAGCGACAAACACACACUUGUUCGGCACCAGCGAAUUCACACUGGAGAAAGGCCUUACAAAUGCAGUGAAUGUGGGAAAGCCUUCUGCCGCAAAUACAGACUUGCUCAGCACCGGAGAGUCCACACUGGAGAGAGGCCUUAUGAGUGCUGCGAAUGUGGAAAAACCUUCACCCGUAAACCCAUACUAUUUAAGCACCAGAGAAUUCACACUGGAGAAAGGCCUUAUAAUUGCAGUGAAUGUGGUAAAGUCUUUAGAUGCAACUCCAGCCUCAUUACUCAUAGAAGAAUUCACACUGGGGAAAAGCCUUAUGAGUGUAGAGAAUGUGGGAAGUUCUUUAGCCAAAGCUCUCAACUUAUUGUGCACCAGAGAAUUCACACCGGAGCCAAGCCUUAUGAGUGCAGUGAAUGUGGGAAAACCUUCACCACUAAAAGCAAACUUGUUCAGCACCAGAGAGUCCACACAGGAGAAAGGCCUUAUGAAUGUGGAGAAUGCAGGAGAGCCUUCAGCUGUAAACGCAUGCUUGUUCAGCACCAGAGAAUCCACACUGGAGAGAGGCCUUAUGAGUGCAGUGAAUGUGGGAAAGUCUUUAGGUACAUCUCCAGCCUCAUUAAACAUAGAAGAAUUCACACUGGGGAAAGGCCUUAUGAGUGUAGUGAAUGUGGAAAGUUCUUUAGGCAAAGCUCCCACCUUAAAGUCCACCAGAGGAUUCACACUAUAGCAAACACUUAUGAAUGCAGUGAAUGUGGGAAACAUUUUAGCCAAAACUCUACUCUCAUUUUGCACCAGAGAAUUCACACUGGAGCAAAGGCUUAUAAGUGCAGUGAAUGUGGGAAACGUUUUAGCCAAAGCUCUACUCUUAUUAAGCACCAGAGUUCACAUUGGAGAAAAACCACGAGUGCACUAAAUGUGGAGAUUUCUUCAGCCAAAACUCCCAGCUUACUCAACACCGAAAAGUUCAUGCUACAGAAAGGCAUCGCCAGUAAAGGAAAUGUGGAAAAUUUUUCUGUCAAAGUCUGCUCUGACUGAGCACCAGAAACUUAACAGCCCAGAUGGACCCUGAGUGCAGUGAAUGUAAGAAAGCUUUCAGCUGAAGGUCUAACUUCAUUCGUCACCAGAAAAUUCCUACUGGAGAAAGGCCUUCAAAUGAGAUGAGGAGAGCAGCGAAUGAGCUGUCUCCUUAGUUAAUACAUCGUACUGAAUAGGCUCUGUGAGGGAGUCAUCAACUGGAAGUUGAAUGCCAUACAUCUACACAGCCCUAGUGUGCAGAUUGCCUCUGAGUACCAGGUUCAUAGGAAGUUUUUAAGGAACUAUGCUGUACUUUCUUACUUAAUGUCACUGUGAGUUUCUUACCUCACCCAAGUGGUAGAUCCCCAUUCUUGGCACCAGUCACCUCAGUGUGAUCAGGGAAGGUAGAUCUUUGUGCUCUCUUAUCCCCUUAGAAAUGCAUGAAUAGCCUAAGCACUUGGGUAUUGUCAUUCUCUUUGGCCCUGUCAGGACCAAAGCAGCUUUGACUAAUGGAAUCCAGUCUGGGUUCUGCUGGUGGCUCACAGAGAUUCAACUUCUUUGGUGGCAUUGUCUCAUAUCAUGCUCAGGAUAGGUUUUUCAAGGUGUAAGUCACUCUGUUUGGGAACUAUUUGCCUCACUUUGCUCUGUCCUAUACCACAAUGAAGACUAUUAUUUAAGCCACCUUUCAUCUUGGGGUUUGUUCACUGUCAGACUGGUGUUGAGAACCAAAUUGGACUGUCAGGAUGAUGAGGAACUGGUUUUGUUAGUGUUCCAAACUUCGUAUACCUCAAUGAGGAUAGUAUCAUGGCAGAGAAUAGUUUUCACUCCAGUUUCAGUCCAAUCUGUUUUCCAAGGCCUCCUAGGGUAGACUGCACAGCUUUGUGGGACUAAUGUUGAGUUCUGGAUGUCAGAAUUUUUGGUGGGUCCUGAGGUCACCUGAGAUGAGGACAGUUGUGAGAAC